AUGUACACAGACGAUGGACUCGGAAUAAUACUGGACGUGUGCAAGCUGGAUAUCCUUCCCAACAUCGAUUUCUACCAGCUCCUUGGGAUAACAUACGAUGCCCCGCUGAGUACAAUAAAAUCAGCGUACCAUAAGGCUCUUCUUGCUUCCCAUCCAGACAAACGAUCAUUCUCAUCCACUAUACCACCCGUAGAUGUCGACAUCGCACUCCUCAAAGAAGCAUAUACCACCUUGUCGAAUGCGUCCUCCCGCGUAGCCUAUGAUGAUAUUCUUCGAAAUACUCGAGUAAAGACCUCCACUGGCCCGCGUCCUGCACAGGUUAUCUCACUGGAAGAUUUUGAGGAAGCAGAAGAGGGUGUAUGGACACAUUCUUGUAGAUGUGGUGGAACAUACAGGAUCAUUGAAGAGGACAUGGAUGCGGGAAGACACCUCGUCGGUUGUGAGAGUUGUUCCGAGGUUGUGUGGGUAGGAUAUGAACUCGUCAAUGAUGAGCGUCACGCUACCAAUGGUUAAUCAGAUCGCCAACUUAGAUGUUGUGCAGGUUGCGAUUGUGCGGUAUGGAGUCUGGACACCUUACAUUUGCUCGCUAAUAAUACUUAGGUUGUAUUGUCAGCGUUACACAAGCUCAGUCAACCACUAUGGCGUCCUCCCGCUCUUUCCACCAUUUCUUCACCAGCACUUUCCUUAACUCGCGGCCGAUCGCCAUCGCGACUGGCCAUGGCACGGCAUUACCAAUCUGUCUAUGCAUCUAUGUUGUUCGAUCAGUGCGCAAUGGGAGGGGGGUU